AUGGAGCAAUCAACGAAAAAUGUCUACCUAGAGCAGCUACCAGGUUAUGUAUUUCAAGGAAGUGAGCAUCAAGUAUACAAGCUUAAGAAGGCCUUGUAUGGCCUUAAGCAGGCUCCUAGGGCCUGGUACAUCAAGUUGGAAUCUCAUCUUGCAGCCAAUGAGUUUAUGAAAUAUCCACAUGAACACACUUUAUUUAUGAAGACGAAAGAGAAAGGUGAAAUUUUAAUUGUGUGUGUUUAUGUAGAUGAUCUUAUAUAUAACGGUAAUGAUAUGCCAAUGUUUCAAGAGUUCAAAACUAUGAUGAUGAAAGAAUUUGCAAUGACUGACUUACGCAAGAUGAGAUAUUUUUUGGGCAUUGAAGUUUUGCAAGGUUGCAAUGGUAUCUUCGUUGGGAAAAAGAAAUAUAUUAAGAAUAUGUUAAACAAAUUUGACAUGUCUAAUUGUAAUCCCGUGAAGAGUCUUAUUGUUCCAGGCAGCAUGUUACUAAAAGAAGACAAAGGAGUGAAGGUUGAUACGACUCUAUUCAAACAACUUGUGGGAGGUCUUAUGUACCUCACAGCUACAAGACCGGAUAUUGCGUACUCUGUCAGUUUGAUAAGUCGCUUUAUGGAAGAGCCAAAGAAGAGUCAUUUCCUUGCAGCAAAGCGAAUUUUGAGAUAUCUACAAGGCACCCAAAAUCUGGGAAUUUUCUAUAAGGUUGGAGGAAAUGAAGAAUUAAUUGCUUAUACCGACAGUGAUUAUGCAGGAGACCUUGAUGAUAGGAAGAGCACCUCGGGUUAUGCGUUCUUGCUGGGAGGUGGUGUGAUUUCGUGGGUGUCAAAGAAACAACCGGUUGUUAGCUUAUCCACAACAAAAGAGGAGUUUAUAGCAGUUGCGUUAUGUGCUUGUCAAUGUGUUUGGCUGAGAAGAAUUUUGAAACAUCUAAGUCAUUGUCAAGAAGGAGCUACUGUGGUAAAACCCAGUUUUGCAUGGAAGAAGUAA